AUGAGUAGAGAGAGGCUGAUUAGGCGCAGGCUGCGUGCACUGGGAGUGACACCUCCACAAGAGCUGAACGCGCACUUCCAGGCGCUGGUACUCAAGCUGGAAGAAGAGCACAUACGCCACUAUGCGAUAUCGGAGAGGCGGGCACUCAAAGAUGCGGAUUCUAAGGCGUUCGUAAAGGCCUUGCUUAAGUACUGCGAUGACGUCGGCGUUGAAAUAGACGAUUCCAUGCUCGUGGAUGGCAAAUUAACCGAGGAAGGCAUCACUUCAGUGCUGGACGGACUAACGUUGGCAGCACUGGAAGAGGAGUACACCGACCUAGUCUCAGGUGAGCCAGCAACGCGUAUCCCUCAUAAUUUGCAGACGCGCAACUGCAUGUUCCAGCAACUCGGAGCUGCGAGGAUAGCGGUAAUGACUGUCUCCCCGCUCUACAAGACAAGGUCAACAACCUCUUGGAGCUACUCGGCAUACCGGCGCUGCAACCAGACGCACCCGUGCAGGAAGUUCGGAAAUGAAAAUGCUACUAAAUUAAACACCGUCCACAUGAACCUUGCCGAUGUACCGUGUGGGAUUCGUUCCGACAACGCCGUUGUGACCAAGGCCGCCAGGGUUCUGCGCACUUUGCACUCGCAAGAGUUGUGCAAGCUGCAGGCGGACAUCGUAUGGCUAUCCGAGCGAUUCCAAGAACUUACGGCAAAUCCAGUUGCGAACUGCCACGCGCGGUGA